AUGUCGUUGGAAGCCUACAGUCUAAGAGAUAAACAAAUUUCUCAAUUAGAGAGAAUGCUACAUUUAAAUAAAGAUGGUUCACCAGAUUUAACAUUAGCUUCAAAAUCAGAAGAAAUUAUAUGGAAAGUUUUAAUACUAGAUGAGAAAUCAAGACAAGUCCUUUCAUCAGUAUUAAGAGUCAAUGAUUUAUUAAGAUGUGGAAUAACUGUUCAUUCAUUAAUUAAUUCAAAAAGAUCAAAUUUACCUGAUGCACCAGCAAUAUAUUUUAUUGAACCAACUAUACAAAAUAUAAAUAUUAUAAUACAAGAUAUUGAAAAUGAUAAAUAUGAAUUUUAUUAUAUAAAUUUUACAUCAAAUAUAUCAAGAGAUUUGUUAGAAGAAUUUGCUAAAAAAAUUGCUUUACUGGGUAAAACAAAUAGAAUAAAACAAGUAUGGGAUCAAUAUCUUGAUUUUAUAGUUACUGAACCAAAUUUAUUUUCAUUAAAUAUGAAUGAAAUUUUUACAGUUUUUAAUACUUCUACAACUCAAGAAGAUACAAUACAUCAAUUAGUUGGUAAAAUAGCAGAUGGUUUAUUAUCUUUAAUUAUAACGUUAAAUGUUAUACCUAUAAUACGAGCUCAACAACAUGGACCAGCUGAAUAUGUUGCUCAAGAAUUAGAUUUAAAAUUAAGAGAAUAUAUUACUAAUUCUAAACUGUUGGGACAAUUGGAUUCAUCUUCAAAUAUAUCAUUACAAAGACCAGUAUUGAUACUAUUAGAUAGGAAUUUUGAUUUAGGAUCAAUGUUUGCUCAUUCUUGGAUAUAUCAAUGUAUGGUAAGUGAUGUUUUUCAAUUAAAAAGAAAUACUAUAAAAUUAAUUAAACCAGGUAAAGAUGAAAAUUCACCCUCCGUAACAAAAAAUUAUGAUAUUGAUCCUCGUGAUUUUUUUUGGAAUAAAUAUUCACAAUUACCAUUUCCUGAUGUUGUUGAAAAUGCAGAUGUUGAAUUAAAUUCAUAUAAACAAGAUGCAAAAGAAAUAACAAAUAAAACUGGAAUUAGUUCAUUAGAUGAUAUUGACCCCAAUGCUAAUGCAACUGCAAAUAUUCAACAAGCAGUUGAAAAAUUACCUGAAUUAACUCAAAGAAAAACUACAUUAGAUAUGCAUAUGGAUAUAUUAUCAAGUUUAAUUAAUGAAUUACAAGCUAAAAAUUUAGAUACAUUUUUUGAAAUUGAACAGAAUUCAAAUGAUCCAAAAUCACUUAAAGAAUUUCAAAAUGUAAUUGAUGAUACAUCAAAAAUUGAUAAUUCAUUAGAUAAAUUAAGAACCUUUAUAAUAUUAAUUUUAGUAAAUGAUUUAAGUAAUGAUUAUGUUAAGAAUUUAAAAUCACAAUUAAUUUUAAAAUAUCCAGAUUUAAAUAUAUCAGCAUUAGAAUAUAUUUUAAAAUUUAAAGAAAAUUCAAAAUUAUCAAAUUUAUCUAAUUUAGGUAAUGAUAAUGAUAACAAUCAUUUAAAUUCAAAUCAUAAUCAACAACAAGCAUCUGCUUUAUUAAGUGGAUUAUCAUCAAAAUUAUAUGGAUUAACAGAAGGUAAAAUUUCAGAAGGUUUGAGUUCAAUUGCAUCAAAAAUAAAAAAUUUUAUACCUGCUAAAAAAUUAUUACCAAUAACAAAUAUUGUAGAAUCAAUAAUGGAUCCAACUAAUUCUUCAAAUCAAUCAUCAAUACAAUUAACUGAUGAUUAUUUAUAUUUUGAUCCAAAAUCAAGAGGUGGUGGUCAUUCAAAACCUCCAAAAAGACAAAGUUAUUCAAAUUCAAUUGUUUUUGUUGUGGGUGGUGGGAAUUAUUUAGAAUAUCAAAAUUUACAAGAAUGGAGUAAUAAUUAUAAUUUUAAUAAUCAUGGUAAUGAUUUAAAUAAAACUAAUGAUGGAUCUGGUAAAAAUGUAAUAUAUGGAUCUACUAAUAUUUUAUCACCAUUAGAAUUUUUAAAAGAGUGUGAAAAUUUAAAUAACUAA